AUGUCCACAAAAACUGGUUCCUACAAAACCUACCAAUCCCACGCCCGGCACACAGGCUCUAACCCAGCAGCGCACAUCCCAGACCCACGCCUCCUCAUCCUCCCCCAGGAGAUCCUAAAGGAUGCAAGGGUGCUCGAUAUCGGCUGCAACAACGGCGCCGUGACUGGGCACCUCCUCCUCCGCCACGGGGUGAAGUCAGUAGUGGGCGUGGACGUGGACGAGGAGCUAGUCAUGAAAUCGCAAUCGCACGUCAAGUUCAUGCUCUCGCGGGUGCGCCCCUGUUCGGACCCUCCGCCGGGGCGGGAGGAGUGGUACCCCGUCAGUUCCGUGAGGAAGCACGGGCCCAGGAUCCCCCCCGCGGAGGCUCGCGAGAGGGGCAGGUUCUGGUGCGGGGACUACGUUACCGCCACCGACCCCGCCGCCUCAGGUGGAUGCCCGGGGUACGACGUCGCGCUCGCCCUGAGUGUGGUCAAGUGGGUGCACCUCGCGCGCGGGGACUCGGGCCUCCGGAGCUUCUUCGAAAAGGUGGCCGCCGACCUCAGGCCCCACGGACACUUCGUGCUCGAGCCGCAGGGGUGGGAGAGUUAUGCGCGGGCCGUUGGGAAGAAUCCAGAGUUGCGUGGCGUGUUCGAAGGGAUUCGGGUUCGGCCCGGGGAGGGGAUGGAGGCGUUGGUCGCUGAGUGUGGGUUUGGACUGGUCAGGCGGUGGGGGGUUGGGACUGGUGAGGGAUUGAAGAGGGAGAUUUUGCUCUUUCGGAGAUUGGGGGAUGGGGAGGGGGGGGAUGGUUUGGAUGAUGUUUAG